GUCUCCGAGACGCUUCCUGUCCGGAUCACCAUGAUUCUUCAGAGGCUCUUCACGUUGUCCUCUAUUGUUCAGUCUGCAAUCUCAGCCUCUCUGAGGCAGAACAUUGGUGUCACAGCAGUGGCGUUUAAUAAGGAGCUUGAUCCUGUGCAGAAACUCUUCGUGGACAAGAUUAGAGAAUAUGGAACUAAGCGCCAGACAUCUGGAGGACCUGUUGAUGCUGGCCCAGAGUAUCAGCAAGACCUAGACCGGGAGCUUUUUAAGCUUAAAGAAAUGUAUGGUAAAGCAGACAUGAAUACGUUCCCUAAUUUCACGUUUGAAGACCCCAAGUUCGAAGCUGUCGAGAAACCACAGUCUUGAAGAAGUAAUGUAAAACUGAUCUGAUAAUCUGUCCUAGUUGACUUGCUCAGCUGCCCAGAAGUAACAGAAUAAACACAUUUCACCGCUGUCAAAUGUUCUUUUAAUUCUGAUUUCAAAUAAAUGAUUUGGUGAUGUUAGGUAUA